GACACCGGCCGCGUCCGAGCUGACACUGCACGAGCACCGAUGAGUCGAGUGGCGUCCGCCCUUCCGUGACAUUGUUGUGACUUACGAGUGGUGUUGUUCGAUGUAGAGCGAGCCAGUGCAGUGGUCGUGUGCGCUUGUCAUGUGGGGAGUGCGAUGGCGCUGAGGAGGAGCAUGUCGCCGCGGCGCCCGCUGGCGCUGCUGGCGUUGCUGGCGGCCGCCGCGCUCGCCAACCAGCUCGAGGAUAUCCCCCACAACGAAGUCAAAAACUGGGCGUUAAAGUUCGGCGUGGAUCUGUGGGAGUUCGGGAGGCACUUCACGAAAAUGAACCAAAUACAAAACAAAUACCACGAGUACAAUGUGGAUGUGGUGCGGAAGGACGGCCUUCUCCUGGUGCGCGAGCUGGCCGCCGAGGUCAAAAACCACAUGGAUUUCAAGACCAACGCUGUCAUGCGGAUAAUGGACAGCGCCGAGGCGGCCGCGCUGUCAGCCGGCAGCGGCAGCGACGGCGCCCCCGGCACGUACUACGACGCGCGAUGGCUUAACGUGCACGCCGACGACGGCACAUUAGCUGCGCGUGCGCGGCGGCUGCUACUGUCGCCGAGCCGGCACUUCGACCAUAUAGCUGUUAAUGCCAGCUACAGUGCUGUGCUGAUGCCGCCUUAUAUUGACACUGAAGAUGGUGAAGUGCAAAAUCAGAUUGCGUGGUCAGAGCACUUGGACCCUCUGUUCGUGAAUAACUACGAGAUAGACCCUACUCUAUCGUGGCAGUACUACGCCUCUUCCACGGGUUUCAUGAGGCGAUAUCCAGCAAUGUCCUGGCCACCCGAAGACGGGUACUCUCAUCACGCGCGUGACUUCUACGACUUUCGGUCUUCGAACUGGUUCGUGGAGGCCGCGACGUCUCCAAAAGACCUGGUCAUCCUACUUGAUGACUCCGAUGACUUGAGCUCUUCAUACUGGAGGCUGGCCAAGGCGACGGUUUCGGGGUUGCUGGACACACUCGGACCAAACGACUUCGUCAACGUGUAUCGAUACAGCGAUACCGUGUCGGAGAUUCACUCGUGCUACACGAAGAUACUGGCUCAGGCGGUGCCCGAGACAAUAAGGGAGCUGAAGACGGCUCUGUGGGGCGCCGAGCCGUCAGGGGGCGCCGCCAACCUCACCGGCGCCCUCACCACCGGCUUUGAGAUACUCCACCGGUAUAACCGCACCGGUCAAGGCUGCCAAUGCAACCAGGCGAUCGCGGUGGUGGGCGCGGGAGGCGGGGCGGGCGGCGUCAAGGGCGUGUUCCGCACUUGGAACUGGCCGCAUAUGCCUGUGCGCAUCUUCACGUAUAGUGUGGGAAGCGACGCCGCCGCUGGCCACAAUAUGAAGGAUAUGGCGUGCACUAACAAGGGAUUCCACGUUACUAUAAACGAGCAUGCAGAAAUCCGAUCAAAAGUGCUGCAUCUAAUAGAAGUGCUGGCGAGGCCUCUAGUUAUGUACCAGACAGUGCACCCUGUUCAUUGGAGCCCUGUUUACGUUGGAGGAAGGAGUAGUAGCCUUGAUGACGAUGGGAUGGGACAACUCAUGGCCUCUGUGACUGUACCGAUCUUCGACAGGAGAAAUCACACGCAUAGAGAGGCUAAUCUACUGGGUGUGGUGGGGACCGACGUUCCAGUCGAUCAGAUAAAGAAGCUCGUUCCACCUUACAGGCUGGGAGUGAAUGGAUACUCUUUCAUGGUGGACAAUAACGGGCAUGUUUUGUAUCACCCGGAUUUGAGGCCUUUGCAUACGAAUGAGGAAUACACAGAAACGCUACGUCCACUAUAUUCGAGUGUAGAUUUAACUGAUGUUGAACUACUGGUGGAUGCUGACGAAAAUUCACGCGUCAAUCUCACCUCACUCCUACUCGAUCUUCGCCACGACAUGAUCGAGCAACGUGAGGGUGAGACCGAAAUAGGCGUCAAGGUGCAAUACGAAGGCAUGAGACGAGUCGCCACUCGGCGGCAGAGAUACUUCUACGCGCCAGUAGACGGCACUCCAUACUCCCUCGCCGCAGUCCUCCCAGAUGGAUACGGCAUGUAUGAACUCCAUGCAGAACAGGAACUUAAGCACAGCCCGAUCAAUGUCACGGAAUAUUUCAAAGGCGACAGCUGGAAAGUUCAUCCAGAUUGGGUGUACUGCGAGUAUGCUUCGACGUCGGAGCAGACGUUUAACACACCAGAGGAACAGCUGCUCCACUUCUUAUCUCGUGCUGGACGCCCGGGAUGGAAGUGGAUGUCGCUACGCCCGCGCGCGCUUUCGCACAACAACGCGCACAAGAAACAGGACCGCGACUCUUAUUAUUGUGACAAAAAUUUAGUUCAAUCGCUUAUCAGAGAUGCAAUGGUAAUAAAAGAAUUGGACGCUCACACUGGACAUGCUAACCACCACUCACAACAAGGCCGCUUCCACAAGUUCGUGGUGAGCCUGUCGUUCAUCGCCACGCGCAGCGGACUCCUCAAGUGGACCGAGAACAGCAACAGCUCGAGGACAUCCGAAUCUGCUGAGCCACAUUUCAGCGAGAAAUACGCCCGAGCCUUCGAUUCAGAAUGGUACCGCCGAGCAGUGGAACACCACGCCAUAGAACCCGAAAGCUUCGUGUUCUCCGUGCCUUUCCGCGAUGGCUCCGAAGCUGAAGACUUGAGUGGUAGACCUCCACUAGUGCUGGCAACACACGCAGUGUUCGUGGAGUCGAGGGGACACCGCGCGCCAGCGGCCGUGGUCGGCCUACACUUCCAGUUGGAUUCGCUUGCGAAACAUUUCCUGAACAUCACAUCAACUUGUACAGCAGGCAGUGUCUGCAAGAAAACUUGUGCAGGAGACGAACUAGACUGCUAUAUUUUGGAUGACAAUGGCUUCAUCAUCCUAUCAGAAGAUGUCACGCAAACGGGAAGGUUCUUUGGGCAGGUGGACGGCACAAUCAUGGACUCAUUAGUGCAGGACCGAAUCUAUAAGAAAGUCACAGUUCAUGACCAUCAAGGAAGGUGUCCAGAUUCUCGGAAUCCAUUCAGCGGCAGUAGUAAUAAAUUGGGGCCUAUAAGACCGCUGGCUUGGGUAGGCGGAUAUCUAACCAACUUAUUAGCAGUGUGGUUCCCACUUUGGGAAUCGGUAAAAGCGCACGCCCGUCCUUACGCAGAUGAAGAUUUAGAUUAUGAAGACUACGAGAAUGAGGAAACCGACAGCGACGAAGAUGUGGACCGCGACAGGGGCACGUAUGAGAUCAUCAUCGACGGCGUGGGGGGCACAGGAUCCAGCGGGGGCUCAAAUGGCAUCGACGAGGUGCGGCCCCCCAGUGGGGGCAUGGGCCCCCGUGAGGCCCCGCGGGAAGCCGCGCGGUCCGCUGCUGUGCGCCCCUGCGACACUAGCGCCGAACUCUUCACCCUGCAGUCUACUAGACUCAAUGCUGCCCAGCCGUUGAAAGGAAAACUAACCAAUUGCCACAAUUCGGGAUGUGAGAGGCCGUUCAGCGUGCAGAAGAUCCCUCACAGCAACCUGAUCCUGCUAGUGGUAGACACGCUGUGCCCGUGCGGCGCCAAGCGGCUCGACGUGCGAGCCCGUGAGGCGCCACCGCGCGCCGCCUGCCGUCGCCGCCCGCCGCAAGCGCACCGCCGCCGCCCGCACCACUGUGUCUCUUAUCACCCCGAGGAAAUCGAGAUCCUGUCGUGUGGCCGUGGAUACCGCAUCGAGCCCAUGUUCGCGAUAGUAGCGGCGCUGGUGGUGCAUUUGUUGCUCAGGACGUGACUGCGGCAACAGUAACUCCUUUGCCACCCCGACCGACGGCGGUCACACGCGACCCACGCACGCACAGCUUUCUACCCUCAACCUGGUCGUUAAAACUCAAAAUCCCAGAAAGCUUGCAAGGUCGCCUUCGGAAGUGUUCGUUUAAGUAAUUUGGACAGAAUGUGUGAACUGUUAAGUGGCCGGCGCGCUCCGCCCGGCCUGUGUUUAUAUGUCUACGCGAGGGUUAUAAAGAGUUUUGAUCAAUUUUACCGACUGAAGUUUUGGUCCGACCAAAUGAACUUUGAUCUUGUUUUGAGACAGGAUUUAUCUAUUCGAAUUAGGAUACGAUAACUAAAAUAUUUUCCCCUCUCUGUUAAGUUGUCACGUUUCAUAUUGUAACUAAUGCAGACGCAUACAGUAAAUAGGUAGGUAACGAAUCUCUUGUUAAAUUUAAAUUGAGGAUUAUCACAAACUUGGGAGAUCUCAUAAAUUAUAGCUAAUGUUAAUUAGGUAUUGAAAGAUAAUGUAAAGAUAUCGUUUGAAACUGUUUUAGAAAAAUUUACCUAUGUUGAAUCUAACUCGAUUUGUUUCUUAUAUCUCAUUCAAAUUAAUCGCAAUCUUAUUGGAUAGUUGCAUAGUGUUGAUGUAAAUAAGAAAUGUUAUGUUACUAGGCGUUUAUUUUGCUGAAUUUAUGUGUCCCUGUGUAAUUAUUAUAUCGUGAGUCGUCGAGGCGGCGCCGCGGUGGUCCCGCGACUGCGCCGCAUUGGGUAAGUUGGCAUAACUUUUGGCGGACAAUAAUUGCGUACUUAUACAAUAAUGAAAGACAAGUCAAAGUCAAUAAAAUAAUGCACCCGACGGUUUAGUCAAAUAUUUAAGUAAUAUUAUUAGUAUAAUAUCGAAUAAAGCAAUUUAUUUUCUAGAAUAAUGUUUGUUCUAAGCGCGACCGCGACGCCGCGCUCGGUUGAUGUCUAGUUGUUAGUGUUUCUUCUCGCCUAAUCUUCGAGUAAUGUCGUAUUGAAGGAACUGUAAACAGUUUCGUAUUUAUAUUGUAAAUAUUUUACUAACCUUAAAUGGCCUAUUACGAUUUUAAGAACGUGUGUUGCUAAUAUUUUAAGUCGUUCGAUUCGACUUUGUGGUAAAAAAACUACGUCAUAUCGACCUAUCACAAUAAUUAUAUUUUGCAUAUCAUAAUUCUUGGAUUAUGCAUACCUGGAGACACUAAUAUCAUUCUUUCAUACGUAAAUUCGAAAUUUCGCGUAUUAUGAGAGUAAGCGUAUUUAAUAACUCGUUUGUACCUAACCUAAAUGUGAAUGUUACAUAGGAAUAAAGUUCAGAUCCAUAUACUAACAUUAAUAGGAUUUUUAUAUUAUAUCAUAUCGAAUAGUCAUAUUGUACACAGGCUUGCUAUUGUCCGUAAUGAUCAUAUCAUUUUAUAAUUAUGGCAACCCUUUGAAAUAGUACAAAAGUGUUAAAAUAGUUACUGUUGACCGAUGUUGAGUGCCAAAGUUGCAAGCUCGUGUUAAUUUUGUUUCCGACUCAAGCGCAUUUUAUUCGACGGGACCGAUAUUACGUGAUACAUGUUUGCUACGCGGGACAAUAGCAAGCUGGCGAAACUCGAGGUAGUAGUAUGCAGUAAUCUCAAAAAGUUGCUUACCCACUUACCCUUACUUUCUGAGCUAGAUAAUAAUUUACAGCUUGACGCCUUUUUGACUGUAUGAAAGAAAAAGCGACAAGCUGUUUAUGUUUUGUCACUAAUCUCAGAAUUGGAGAGAUAGCACAAAUGAAUGUUAUAUUCAAUGAAGCAUUAAAAGUUUUAUUAGACUCUCAGGAGAAAUGUAAUACGUUAAUGUGUUCUAUGUAAUUUAUUCAUAGCUAGAUAGAAUAUUUAACUUUAACUGUUUAGGUCACACAGAUAGCAAUACGAGUUACAUUUUGAGAUUACUGAAACGAAAAAACAUAGUAGCAGAUCAUCGAAUCGUAAUCCAUAUCGUGACAUAAUCACAAACUGUAACGUAUUAUUGGGGAGCGCUUUUGAGAAAUUGUACAUUUUGUAUAAAUAAUACAGUAAGGAGUCGAUAUAUGGGCGUAGAGAUUGUUUUAUCUGGUGAGUGGCGAGCGACUGGUGUAUUGAAAGUGCUUCUAGUAAGCGUCGAGUCUUCCAUAGCAGUCGGUAACGCCGGGCGAGUGUUUAUGUAACGUCUAAGUAUUAAAUGAUAAUAAUAGCGUAUACCUAACUAGAAUAGGCGGAGCUCGCGUCUCGUGCGGUGCGCAGGCGUAUUGACUAGCACUCGCGGGUUUAGUUCUACGUAAACUGAUAGACACAAAACAAAUACCUCGUUUAGUUACUCAAAGUGUAAUAGCUAGACAGAAUUAGCGUUUAUUUCGCGUUUAGUUCUUGGACAUAUCAAUUCAGGCACCAAAUGAGACUAUAGCGUAAGCGGUUUUUAAAUUUUUUCGAUUGUGAUCUUUUGUGUAAUUAAAUAUACGUGCCUUAGGAGACGAGCGCGGUGCGCACACGCGACCGCGCCCAUCCCCGGGGCAGCUAGGUUCGAUAUGCAAUAAGUUUAUAAGUGGAGGAACAGUGAUCUCUAAAUCUUUGCCAUAUUACUUGUCGGUAUAUGUACAUUUUUCUAUGAAAUGAAAGUAUAUAAAUCGGUUAUCUCGUGUAUUCCAUUUUCGAUCAUUCCCUUGUUAAAGCUUUUUAGGAGUAUAUUCAAAAUUUAUACGAGUACAUUUGAGAUUAUGUGGAAUGCAAUUUCGAAGUCACUGAUUUCAUGUUGUUUUUGUUAUACUUUGUUGGGAAUAGUUAUUCAUUGGGCACGGCCGACUCUGUGAACAUGGUUCUCUAGCGUAAUUAUAGUAAAUAUUCUUUUUGUUACUUGCCAGUUCAUGCUAUAGAUAUACCGUAAUUACAACAAUAAAGUUCUCUUAUAACAUUGUGGAAA